AACCCGCAAAGCAUUCUGGGUACUGUCAUGGCGGCUCGCGCCUGAUGUUUUCAAAACGUUUGUUUCCAGUUUGAAGUUUUGUGGUUUUCGAAGCAUUUUAAUAGUUUUCUAGUGUUUUUUGGGGUUCAACCUGCCAAUAAAAAUGGCCUCAACUGCGGCAGGCAAGCAGCGGAUCCCGAAGGUGGCGAAGGUGAAGAACAAAGCUCCAGCAGAGGUUCAGAUCACAGCUGAGCAGCUGCUGAGGGAAGCCAAAGAGAGAGAGCUCGAACUUCUGCCACCGCCACCCAAACAGAAGAUCACUGAUGAAGAGGAGCUGAACGAUUACAAACUGAGGAAGAGGAAGGGGUUUGAGGACAACAUCAGAAAGAACCGAACGGUCAUCAGUAACUGGAUCAAAUACGCACAAUGGGAGGAAAGCCUGAAGGAGGUCCAGAGGGCUCGCUCCAUCUACGAGCGAGCGCUGGACGUGGAUCACCGAAACAUCACGCUGUGGCUGAAAUACGCCGAGAUGGAGAUGAAGAGCCGGCAGGUGAACCACGCCCGAAACAUCUGGGACCGAGCCAUCACCAUCCUCCCCCGCGUCAACCAGUUCUGGUACAAGUACACGUACAUGGAGGAGAUGCUGGGGAACGUGGCGGGCUGCAGGCAGGCGUUCGAGCGCUGGAUGGAGUGGGAGCCCGACGAGCAGGCCUGGCACUCCUUCAUCAACUUCGAGCUGCGCUACAAGGAAGUGGACAAAGGCCGCAGUAUUUACGAGAGAUUCGUCCUCGUUCACCCCGAGGUGAAGAACUGGAUAAAGUACGCUCGUUUUGAGGAGAAGCACGGCUACAUCGCUCACAGCAGGAAGGUGUACGAGCGGUCGGUGGACUUCUUCGGGGAGGACUACGUGAACGAACACCUGUUUGUGGCCUUCGCAAAGUUCGAGGAGGCGCAGAAAGAGUUUGAGCGCGUGCGGGUGAUUUAUAAAUAUGCCCUGGACAGAAUCCCUAAGCAGCAGGCGCAGGAACUUUUCAAAUUCUACACCAUGUUCGAGAAGAAGUUCGGAGACCGGAGAGGCAUCGAGGAUGUCAUCGUCAGCAAACGCAGGUUCCAGUACGAGGAGGAAGUCAAGGCGAAUCCUCACAACUACGACGCCUGGUUCGAUUACCUGCGUUUGGUGGAGAACGACGCGGACCCCGACACGGUGAGGGAAGUCUACGAGAGAUCCAUCGCUAACAUCCCCCCCAUCCAGGAGAAGAGGCACUGGAAACGCUACAUCUACCUGUGGAUCAACUACGCGCUGUACGAGGAGCUGGAGGUCAAGGAUCCAGAGAGAACGAGGCAGGUGUACCAGGCCAGCCUGGACCUCAUCCCACAUAAAAAGUUCACGUUCGCUAAGAUCUGGCUGCUCUACGCUCAGUUUGAGAUCCGACAGAAGAACCUGCAGGGAGCCAGAAAGGUCAUGGGCACAGCGAUUGGUAAAUGCCCGAAGAACAAGCUCCUGAAGGGCUACAUCGAGCUGGAGCUGCAGCUCAGAGAGUUCGACCGCUGCAGGAAGCUGUACGAGAAAUACCUGGAGUUCACUCCGGAGAACUGCACCACGUGGAUCAAGUUCUCCGAGCUGGAGACCAUCCUGGGAGACGUGGAGCGAGCCCGGGCCAUCUUCGAGCUCGCCAUCGGACAGCCGCGGCUCGACAUGCCCGAGGUGCUGUGGAAGUCCUACAUUGACUUUGAGAUUGAGCAGGAGGAGUUUGGGAACACGAGGAAUCUUUACAAGAGGCUUCUGCAGCGCACUCAGCACGUCAAGGUUUGGAUCAGCUUCGCUAAGUUCGAGCUGUCCAUCGACGGGUCGGAGCGUCUGCAGAAGAGCCGGCAGAUCUUCGAGGAGGCCAACAAGGGCAUGAGGAGCUGCGAGGAGAAGGAGGAGCGCCUCAUGCUGCUGGAGUCCUGGAGCGAAUUCGAGAAGGAGUUCGGCUCCGACACCUCCAUGGAGAGAGUCCAGAAGCUGCUGCCGGAGAAGGUGAAGAAGAGGAGGAAGCUGACGGCCGAGGACGGGUCGGACGCAGGUUGGGAGGAGUACUACGACUACAUCUUCCCCGAAGACGCCGCCAACCAGCCCAACCUCAAACUGCUCGCCAUGGCCAAGAUGUGGAAGAGGAAGCAGGUGGUGGAGGAAGAGGACGAGGACGAGGACGCAGAGAAAUCCCCAGAAGAAAUGGAAGUCAAAAGCCCGGAAAAAUCUCCCAAAGAAAUGGAAGAAAAGAGCCCGGAACGAUCCCCCAAAGAUGCUCCGUCCUCCUCGUCUUCGUCGUCUGAUGAAGCUGCAGAUCCUCCAGAGAAACAGCCGGAAAACAACGACUCGGACAGAAAGACUGAAACCGAACCGAAGAAGAACGAAGAUGAUCGAGAUGAAAGCAGCAGCAGCAGCAGCAGCGAGAGCAGCAGCAGCAGCGAUGAUGAAGAAGAUGGAAAGAAGAAAAAGAGCAAGGAUGAAGAUAAGAAGUAGAUUUUGGAGAAAAGUUUCCCCCAUUUUUUUUUUUUUUACUGAAACAAAAAAACCAGCUCAUGAGCAAUCUUUAUUGUACGUCCAUGUUUUUCUGCAUUAUACAAACGUCAAUUCAAA